AUGUCAUCGUCUGGGUUCUCCAUUGUGGGUGCAUCGGUCAAGAUCAUUGGAGAGGAUUCGCUUGGUAAUGGUCCGGGUGGCCUUCACCAGUCGCUGUCGUCUGGCUGCUCGUCCAUGAUGUCCUCCGGGUCGCCUACGCGGCGCUUUUUAGACAUGGCGUGCUCAGACUCAGAUCUCUGA